ACGAAACGAAACGAAACGAAGCGCGGCCGUCGCGCCGGCCCGUUUCUCGGUGUUAAUUGGCUCGGGGAGACGCGGGUUAGGCGCGAAACGAUUCCCCGGCGAUCGGCAGACAGCCGAUAGCCCCGCGGACCUACCUGCGGCCGUUUACAAUUACCAUCACGAACGUCUAAUUUGCGGACGGCACCGGAUAUUGCGCGGAUAUCCACGCAACGUCGGGCAGCGGCAACGAGCGAUCCUCCGCCGCGAUGCAAGAGCGUCAGUCCGUUCGCAGGUCGCGUCGGUGAAGAUGAGACACCGGGGAUGGGGAUAGACCUCGGCGAGACACUCGGUUACCGCAGAAUUAAUUAACAAUGAACCCGACGAGCGCCAACAGUGACUAACCGUCUCUACGCGUUGCCCGCUAAAAAUCGCGAGGUCGGAUUCAUUUGGAAACCAGGAAAGUCCGCGCGGCAUUGUUUGUCGAUUAGAACGAUACGAGGAUCGAACGGCGGCUCGGCGUUCGGACAGAUGCUUGGCGGCCGGUGUUCGUUAUCCUGUUGUCGAUUGAAAAUUUUCGCCGGGAGAUCAUCUCCUCCGACGCGAGAAAACAGCGACCGUGAGCAUUGAGCAACGCUUAUGACACGCGUAUGACUCCGCUUGUUACGUUACGGUGGAAGUUGCCACAACUAGGUACUUUAUUAAGAUCACAGUCUCAAGAAGAAUGGGAGUUGCAUGUGUGCGAACGCCAAUGUAGAAAGGUCGGCGUUGCAUCCCGGGACGAUCCUGGGUUUGCAUUAAUUACGAAGAUCCAGCCGUGAGCCCAGCUGAUUGUGAGUCUCGAAUCGUGUUAACACUUUGGGGCACAGGUUUUUACAAAAAAGGAAAUAGACUCGUGCUGCACAAGAAAUUUUAUUGCGCUUUGAAUUGAACGAAAUUGGUAGAUUUUUUAUUGACAAAGGAAUCGCAUAAUAGAGAAACAUGAAAUGAUAAUAGUAAUUCAAUACGAUUUGUUGUUACAGGGUGGGACUCAAAUAGUCCCAUCGUGCCACAUAGGUUCGUGAAUGCUAAAAAUGUCCCACCAUGCAUUAUUGUGCAUCAAAAAGAUGGGACGUUUUUAAUCGCACCCCAAAGGGUUAAUAAUACGCUCUUUUUCUCAAACAUCAAUCUUUUCGAUAAAUUUUCGAUGGGUUUACGAUGCUUCGGACCAUUUGUCUGUCGGUCUCGCAAGCAUAACUUUUCGACGUUCUAGUUCUGGACACACCAAUUGCAAACAAUAUUUAACAAGAUAUCUAUUUUCAUUGGAACAUGAUAAAAUUAAUACGGAAUUUGUAUUAGCUCCAAAUAAGAAAUUUAACAUUGUUCUCCAGGCUGCUGAAGAUAUACAGCGACGUGCACAAUUAUAGACUGAAAAUAACUUUUACAUUCUUACUGGCAUCUGAACAAAAACUUAACGAAAUAUCAUAUUUGUAUAUUUCUAUAUUAAUUCUAAUAUAGAUGUAUGAUAUUCUGAUAAGUUCUUUUUAAAUAUACAAGGUGUCUCGGUUAAAAGAGGUCAUCCACGGUGCUGUGAAUAAAUAAUAUUUAACUAAAAAUCAAGAAAAAACUACGCUUGUUUAUUUAUAUCUUCUAUUAUUUCUAAUAUAGAAAUAUACAAAUACGACGUUUCGUUAAGUUUUCGUUUAAAUAACAUUAAAAGUAUAAAGACCACUCCGAGUCUACAAUUAACUACGCUUGUUUAUCUCCAUUUUCUAUUAUUUCUAAGACAGAGAUAUACGAAUACGACGUUUUAUUAAGUUUUCGUUUAAAUAUCAUUAAAAGUAUAAAAGCCACUUCGAGUCUACAAUUAACUACUGCAUAAAAAGAAAAGAAAGAUCACUGUAUAAAAAACCACGUUUGUUUAUCUCUAUUUUCUAUUAUCUCUAACACAGAAAUAUACAAAUGCGACGUUUUACUAAGCUUUUGCUUAAAUAUCAUUAAAAGUAUAAAGACCACCUCGAGUCUACAAUUAACUACCAUAUAAAAAGAAAAGAGCGAUCACUGUAUAAAAGAAAUGCAUCACUUGCAUCGCAUGCUCGACAAUCAACGAACCUAGUCAGCGAAGGAUUAAUCGACGACCUCGUUGCUCAGUGUCAAAGAAACCCACGCUACCGAUAACUCCGAAGGCUCAGCCCCCCGAUAACUUGGAAGAUCGUGGGCUUACGAUUGUCUGCGGACGGCCGAAAAUUCAUAAGGCCGACGGAGGUAGGCAGCCUAAUGCAGAGGCAGGCCGGAUAGGACUAAAUUGCAACGGGCGGCGUGUUCCUCGCAAACGAAUCCCCGCCGAUCCUCUGAAUAAUUCAUCUCCGGUUCGCCGUGGAUCUCCCCGUUCUCCAGGGAACCUGUAACCCCGGCGCGGCGAGGAUCCGCUGGAUCGGCUGGAAGUGGAAGGGCGAGAGCGAUAUGACGGCGUACAUAGACACGGGUUUAUCUACCUGACGACCUUGCCGUUUAAAAAAUCCAAGAGUGGUCGGCUGAGCCUCGAGCUGGCGGCGUGCACCAUCCACGAGCCAGUUCCGACGUGGAGCGCGGACGACUAGGACUAAUCCUAAUAGCGUCGGGAAAACGACGGAGUUCCGUCCGUGUUCGAAACGAUCCAAGUGAUUUCCAUGCCUCCAUCGGUCCUCUGACAGCGCGAUCCACCGAUUAACAUGGGGACGACACUGUCCUGGACCAUUCUGAUUCACCUGUUGCCCGUGCUGGUCCGCGGCUACGACAACGUGGGGUUCGACGGCUGGUAUCAACCGGUUCCGCAUAGGCCGGUCGACAUCAUCACGGACGUUAUUAACGAUCUGGGCGUGCGGAUUCUCCAGCAGUACACGGUCCACGGGAACGUGGCAUUCUCUCCGGCAGGGGUUGGCUUCGUCCUGGCAGCGUUGUACGAGGGUUCGGCUGGCAGAGGAAGGCAGCAGAUCUCCGACGCGUUGGGCUUGCCGAGGGACCCGGACAUCACCAGGCUCGGUUUUCGCGACAUCCAUCGCAGGCUAAGGACUUAUCUGAACGCCGACGGGUUCCUCGGCGGUCUAACCCUGAACCAGGAGAACACCAGGCUGCGCCCGGACUACGAGGACAUCCUGAGGUUCUACGGAUUCGACUUGACGGUCCCCGAAGAGGAGGCGAACGGAACCGAUGCUACUCCAGAAUCAGCGACGAAUCCACCGACCACGGAAGCUAAAACUCUGCCUCCGGACGAUGCGACCGCGACGACUGCGACGGCGACCGACACUCGACAACCGACGCAAGAAACCACCGAAGCAUCGACUACCCCUCCUGUCGAGAUACUGGGGAUGACGAUGAUGACGGGAGAUGUGUCGAGCAGAUUGACGCAGACCACUUUAGGGUCUACGAUCUUGAUGGAGGCUACCGAACCUGCUACCUUGCCCGGCCAGAUUACCGCCUCGUCUACGACGGUGUCAGAGAUUGCCACCACGAUAACCUCUGCCACCGAUGCAUCUUCUCCGACCACCGUUCCCGCCCCGCCAACAACUGUGCUCGCGGCUGCUACUCAAAGCGCAGGGACAGAGAGUUUAGCUACCACGACGACUUCGAUCAGUCCUGCCACUGAUCUGCCUGUUGCCACCGAGACCACGGAAGCAGCGACCGAGGCUGCGACACUUGGCCAGACGACUGUCCUCCAGGAUGCGAGUCCUGGCACCACCGUGGCAGCAGAGACCACGACCAUAGUCGCUACGACAGUUGUCUCUGAAACGACAACCGCGUCAACCGCCGCAGCAACAACUGCAGCAACAACUGCGGCAAUUACAGCGACACAGGUUGCUGGCAAUGUUGCAGACGGUUCGACGAUCCCUGUCGCAGCCAAUCAAGAGGCCACCGGACCACCUGCCGACGAUAAUGGCGUUUCAACCGACUCGAUGAAUAAUCAGACAGUCACCGACGAGAUGGGAUCUACCGAUUUGCCAGCCACAACUGUUGCAGGUGAAACCGGGUCGAACGGACGGUCUACUACCGUGGCAUCGACUGUUAGCGGCUCGAUGACGAGGAGGAAACGCGCCGCCAGGAGCCCGAGGGGAUUCUUCUCCAGCUACCCAGACGAGGGAAUCUGGAUGCAGGAUCUGGGUAUCUGGAAUCCUUAUACGAUCAGCCUGGGCGAGGCUUCAGUCAGAGACUCGACGGAAAUAUCGUUUCUGGUGAACGGCUGCGACGUGUCCUCCGUCACGGCGUCCAGAUACUUCGCUGUUCUGCCAUUCGCACAUUUUCCGUCGCUUCACGCUGUCGCCCUUGAGUUUCCUUUGGACGACCCCAGGUACAACAUCCUGCUGGUGAUGUCGACCGAUCGUCGGGACACGUAUCGGCUGGUUCGGGACCUCGGCGGGAAGUCGUUGAGGCUGUUGAGGAAGCAGUUACAGGCCACUUGGGUCAGGGCCACCAUUCCAUCGUUCAUGUUGCGCGGUUUCGUCACCUUGACGUCCUUCCUCGAAAGGCUAGGAAUCGUGGACGUUUUCGAGCCAAGGGCCGCUGAUCUGUCCCCGAUGACCCCAGAUCUGGGGGUAUACGCGAGGGACGUGCAGCAAAGCAUCGGCGUGAACAUCAGGAAUUACAUGAAGCCAGAUCGAACCCACUCUCGUGAGUCGCCCAAUUCCGAUCCCCCUUUGAUCGUUCCACCUCGACGGGACUAUUACCGAUACUAUCAUCCAGGUAACGGGUUGUUCGAAAGAACAACCGGGCCGGCGCUUUUCACGGCCGUUCAUCCGUUCCUGUACUUCAUCGUCGACGCCGAAACCUCGGUGGCCUUAAUCGCCGGCCGCGUCAACGAUCCUUUGAAUUCACGGAUUCUUUAGCGGUCGCGAGGUCGACGAUGAUGAAUCUGCCGGAUCAUUCGUUGCCGUGUCGUCGUAGACCCGCAGAUUAAAUCCUGACAUGCCAAUUAAUUUCUUGUUUUAUUCAAUUCCAACGAUCGUUACACGAACUAUUUGCCAUCACCAUUUAUUUCAGCGAUAACGUUCGUGGGUAAAAUCUGCAUCCACGCACCGAAUGCUCGUUCGUUAAACAAUAAUAACCAUUGGCGUAGCGAUUGCAAUGAUUUCGUUCCAGUGUUCGCGCGGCAAGCGAACGCGACGAAAAAUAUUUUCCGCGCAACUGCAUCUCGAUUCUCCUAGGACACCGCGUGUUCGUUUCGACGAAGGUUUCUCCGGGUCUAUGUUGACCCAACGACGACGAGAUGUUCGAUGUCAACUGUCGAUAGGCAAGGGACGAGUCCGGGGAUAGUAAUAAACAUAUACGUUUAUUCGGCAUACUUAUAAAUAUCGAUAUAAUCUAUAAACAAUUAUAUAUAUUUAUAUUUAUUAGAUCAUUCCUAUUUCGCACACACCUACCUUUAAGUACACGAUGUAUGUCUGUACAAAAAUCCGUAUGUUGUAAAUAAAGGAGAGAGUCGAAGGGAG